ACCUUCCCAGUAGCAUCCGUGAGCGCGGAAAGCCGCGGCAGCUCUGGGCUGCGGUGGCUCGGGAGUCCGGUGCGAGUGAACCACAGCGGAGAGAAGACAGGACAUCAUGCGGAGUGCCACCAAGCCCUGGAGUCCAGUUGCCAAAGCAGGCAGCCAUGGCCCUGAUCGCACACGGCCCCUCCCUGGGACCCCUUCUGGCAUGAAGAGUUCCAAGUCUUCAACCUCGCUGGCCUUCGAGUCUCGGCUUAGUAAGCUCAAGAGGGCCAGCAGUGAGGACAUGCUCAACAAGCCUGGCAGUGCCUCUGCGGGGACGGUGCGCCUGAAGAAGACCUCAACCUCCGGAGCCAUCUCUGAGCUCACUGAGAGCCGCCUGAGAAGCAACACAGGGGCUGUUCCAACAACCAAACGGACAGGCAUCCCAGCUCCACGGGAACUCUCAGUAACUAUCUCAAGAGAGAGAUCUGUGCCACGUGGUCCCUCCAGCUCAAAGAAGUUGGGCUCUAGUCCAACUUCUUCCUGCACCCCCACUCCUACCAAGCACCUGAGGCCCACCUCUGCAAAACCUAAACAAGACCAUGAAGGCACAGAGAAGUCUGUACUCGAGUCCCAGGUUCGGGAACUUCUGGCAGAAGCCAAAACCAAAGACAGUGAAAUCAACCGGCUUCGAAGUGAACUAAAAAAAUGUAAAGAAAGGUGGGCCCUAAGCACUGAGGAUACCAAUGCAUCAGACCCAAGCGCAGAGGGAACAUCAACCCCAGUAGGUGAUGCAGAACCUUUGAUAAGAACGCUGGAGGAGAAGAACAAGACCUUUCAGAAAGAACUUGCUGACCUAGAGGAAGAAAACAGGGCCUUGAAGGAGAAACUGACUUACCUUGAGCAGUCACCAAAUUCAGAAGGGGCAGCAAGUCACACUGGUGACAGCAGCUGCCCAACAUCCAUAACCCAAGAGUCUAGCUUCGGGAGCCCAGUUGGAAAUGAGUUGUCCAGUGAAGUGGACGAGUAUAGAAGAAGCACACAUGGAAGUACAUUGCGGACAUCGGGGUCUUCAAGCAGUGAUGUCACUAAAGCCUCUCUGUCACCAGAUGCCUCAGAUUUUGAGCAUAUCACUGCAGACACCCCAUCACGGCCUCUGUCAGCCACAAGCAACUCUUUUAAGGGCUCCAAGUGCUCCCCUAUUGGGAGCUCCCCAAACAAUGCGAGCGAGUUGUCCUUGGCAUCUCUGACUGAGAAGAUACAGAAGAUGGAGGAGAAUCAGCACAGCACUGCUGAAGAGCUGCAGGCUACUCUGCAGGAGUUAUCAGACCAGCAGCAGAUGGUGCAGGAACUGACAGCCGAGAACGAGAAGCUGGUGGAUGAGAAGACCAUUUUAGAGACCUCUUUCCACCAGCACCGAGAGAGGGCAGAACAGCUGAGUCAGGAAAACGAGAAACUGAUCAACCUUUUACAAGAACGAGUGAAGAAUGAGGAGCCUAGUGCCCAAGGAGGAAAAAUCCUUGAGCUAGAGCAGAAGUGCACAGAUAUUCUGGAGAAGAGCCGCUUUGAAAGAGAGAAGCUGCUUAACAUUCAGCAGCAGCUGACCUGCAGCCUACGGAAGGUUGAGGAAGAAAACCAAGGAGCUAUAGACAUGAUCAAGCACCUGAAGGAGGAAAAUGAAAAACUGAAUGGGUUCCUAGAGCACGAACGAUGUAAUAAUAGUGUGAUGGCCAAAACUUUGGAGGAGUGUAGGGUUACCUUGGAAGGCUUGAAAAUAGAGAAUGGGUCCUUGAAGGCUCAUUUGGAGACUGAUAAGCAAAAGGCCGUGGAGGCCAGCAGUACCGUGGGGCAGACGGCAGAGAACUUCGAGGUUCAAGAAAUGCUGAAAGUGGCUCGAGCUGAGAAAGAUCAAUUGCAACUGUCUUGCACCGAGCUCAGACAAGAAUUGCUAAAGGCGAAUGGUGAAAUUAAACACAUUUCCAGCCUCCUAGCGAAGAUGGAAAAAGAUUACUCUUACCUGAAGGAGGUCUGUGAUCAUCAAGCAGAACAACUGAGCAGGACCAGCCUAAAAUUACAAGAGAAAGCUUCAGAGAGUGACGCAGAAAUCAAAGACAUGAAAGAAACCAUAUUUGAAUUGGAAGAUCAGGUGGAGCAGCACCGUGCCGUCAAGUUACACAACAAUCAGCUCAUCAGUGAGCUGGAAAGCAGUGUGAUCAAGCUGGAGGAGCAGAAAUCAGACCUAGAACGGCAGUUGAAGACCCUGACGAAACAGAUAAAGGAAGAAACUGAGGAAUGGAGGCGGUUCCAGGCAGACCUGCAGACUGCAGUGGUGGUGGCCAAUGACAUCAAGUGUGAGGCUCAACAGGAACUGCGAACUGUGAAGAGGAGGUUGUUGGAGGAGGAAGAGAAGAAUGCCAGGCUGCAAAAGGAGCUGGGGGACAUACAGGGACACAGCAGACCUGUGAAUGAAGAGUCAGAGCCCUCAGAGGUGGAUGCUGCCGGCCGAUGGCGUGGAGCCUAUGUCAACAGAGCAUCUCCAGCUCCUUCAGACUCUGCAACCACUGUAAAGUCCCUGAUCAAGUCAUUUGACUUAGGACACUCAGGUGGAGCUGGACAGAGUAUUGCUGUCCACAAGACUCCCAGAAGUCCCCUGAGUGGGAUCCCAGUGAGGACUGCUCCAGCAGCUGCUGUCUCUCCAAUUCAGAGACACUCGACCUACAGCACCAUGCGGCCAGCCGGCAAAGGGAUGGCUCAGCGCUUGGAUCUGCCGGACCUUCCCCUCUCAGAUCUUCUGAAGGGAAGGGCCGAGGACCGGAAGUCAGACCCUUAUCUCCGGAAGAGUCCCUCACUGGAGUCCCUGAGCAGACCCCCCUCCCUGGGCUUUGGGAACACCAGACUGCUGAGUGCAUCCACGGGGGGUUUGAAACCAAGCAAGCUCAGUGUUGAAAGAAGAGACCCCCUGGCAGCCUUGGCCCGGGAGUAUGGUGGCUCUAAGCGUAAUGCACUCCUGAAAUGGUGUCAGAAGAAGACAGAAGGUUAUGCAAACAUUGAUAUCACCAAUUUCAGCAGCAGCUGGAGCGAUGGGCUGGCCCUCUGUGCUCUGCUACACACCUACCUGCCUGCCCACAUCCCCUACCAGGAGCUGAACAGUCAGGAGAAAAAACGGAAUCUCUUGUUGGCAUUUGAAGCAGCUGAAAGUGUGGGCAUCAAACCCAGUCUGGAGCUCAGUGAGAUGCUGUACACAGACCGGCCCGACUGGCAGAGUGUGAUGCAGUAUGUGGCCCAGAUCUACAAGUACUUUGAGACAUAAACAGAAGACCCGGCAUCAGCAGCUGCUGCAUGGCCUGCAGCUCAUCCUGAAGCGCCUGCUCACUGUCCACCAUGCCUGCUGUGCCCGCCAUCUAGCCGUCUGGAUUUCCAAGGAAGGCUUAAGCCACGUGGACCAGCACUCCACUGAGAAGCAGAGGUGGCUCCACCGUGUCCCCAUCUCAGAUGCAAACAUGUCUGGAGCCUAUGCUCAGGAAUCCUUGUUCCCAAUGGGAAGUUUUUAGAGAGGCAGGCCCCGCUUCUCACACAGUGGGUUCCAAACCCAGGCCCUCGUCUGUGAGACUCCAGAGUGUUGCCAGUCCCAUUUGCUGCCCACACGUGGCCUACACACUAACAAACAGCACUUCAAUCACCGUGUCUGUUCUUCUUCCUCCUCCUUUACUAAAACUUUGCUUUUUUUUUUUUUUCAAAACUCUGUCCUUACCAGCUGCCUGCCCACCCCCACCAAUAAAACAACACUCCACAAAACAGAAAAACAAAAGCAGCUUUUGCUUCUCAGCAACCUGGAAACACACUGAUUAGGGAAAUAGUAUGUCCAGUUCUGUGUAACUGAGAACUUAAAGGCACUGCAUAGAUCUCACCGUCCCUAUUUGAUUUCUCGCAAGUGCAAGGAGUACUUAGGUACCUUGCUGAGGGUGCACAAGAGGCCAGCUGGCUUGCUCCUUAGCCACAAGGCAUGAGCGCAGCACUGGUGUCCUGGCUGAUGAGAUCCGUGACCAUUGCACACAGACCCUUCUGCCCUGCUGUUAUUUACAGCCCUAUUUACACACGUCUUGGCCCAACACAGAGCUCCACACGAGUCUGACGUGUGUGGAGCAGCCUGUGAUGGUGAGCUCUGCACAUUUGCACAGUUCCGCAGGUUGGGAGGUGCGCCCCUUAGGAUUCUGGGUGGACAGAAAUAUAAACAUGUUUUGGCUUCAGACAGGUUUGGCCCUUGGUACUUGUUGGGCCUUUUACAUGUGCCUAUUGAAAGAAGCUAUUAGGAGCGUAAGGGUGACUGUCCUCCAAUGCCCCUUUGGUUCCCUAGGAAGCAGCACAGCCUCUCCCUGAGUACCCAAGCCAAGCGGCCCUAGACCAGUGGUUCCCAACCUUCCUAAUGCUGGGAGUUCCUCAUGCUGUGGUGACCUCAACCAUAAAACUAUUCCAUUGCUACUUCAUAACUGUAAUUUUGCUAUUGUUAUGAAUUGCAGUGUAAAUAUCUGAUAUAUAGAAUUCUGAUAUGUGACCCCACACAGGCUGAGAACCACUGCUCUAGAAGCAUCUUUCCAUUUUUCUUGGACAAAUGUGCACUUCAUAGCAAAUGAGCACGCCCCUUUCUCUGACAGUUGGGUGCGCACAAACACCCAUUACUGUUCUAAGUGCCAAAUAACCCUAGACUGGUCCUUUGAGAAAGGACCACGCUCAUAGCAACCCCUGCGAAUGACCACCAUAGCUACAAUGAAUCUCUGCCUGCUUGUCUGAGCCACUCUACUGGCCCAGCCCUAUCCUUGGAGGAC